GUGUUUCUGUAUUUAAAUUCUUUAUUAUGAUCAACUUACAAAAUUUAGUCACAGCUUCAUUCAAUUCCCUUAAUAUCUUAUUUGACGUCUGCCUUACUAUUAAAUUAACUUUAUAUUAAAUAAUUAACUAUUAUGAGAUUGUUACUUCUAAGACAUGUUUAUCUCUAAAAAAUAGUGUUAUCUUCGAUAAAAAUAAUCUGAAAAGUGUAAAUGUGUUGACACGAAUCGUAAAAUAGCCGAUUGUUUAAUAUAAAACUAAGGAAAAAGCAUAAAAUAUGGUGUGUAAUGCAAUCUUAUUAGAAUGCGUCGUAUCAGUAAAAAGUUAAUUUUAAUUAUUUUGGGUUUAUUUUGUGUUGCCCUUUACUGCGAGUGGCUUAUUUACUAUGUUGUUAUUGCCCAGUGUUCCUGGCUACGCUUGGAAAAAGUAGAUAAUCAAAAUGUUUUGAAAGCAUUUAUUUUAGCAGAUCCGCAUUUAUUAGGCCCUUUUCGUGGUCAUUGGUUAGAUAAAUGGAGACGAGAGUGGCAGAUGCAUCAGGCAUUCCAAGCUAUUUUGAAUGUACACAAGCCAAAUGUGGUUUUUGUUUUGGGAGAUCUUUUUGAUGAGGGUGAAUGGACUGACAAUAAACAAUUUAAUAAUUAUGUGGAAAGAUUUUAUAGGCUGUUUACUGUACCAAAAGAUAUUAAGAUGCAUGUUGUUGUAGGCAAUCAUGACAUUGGAUUUCAUAAUCGUAUGAGAAGAGGGGCACAUGCAAGAUUUAAUAAGCUUAUGAACUCUUCAUCUGUGCAACAUUUAACACUGAAAAAUAACCACUUUGUUCUUAUUAACUCCAUGGCAUUUGAAGGUGACUCCUGUAACAUGUGCACUGAAGCGAGAAAACACAUAUCAAGUAUAUCCGAUAAUCUAAAUAAAUGUGAGUUUGAUAGCCAGUAUUGCCAUACAAAUGGUGUGUAUUAUAAUUAUUCGAAGCCAAUACUAAUGCAGCAUUUUCCAUUGUACAGAUUAUCCGACUCAGUUUGUACAGAGCCUGACGCCCCUCCGCUGCCAGAACGGAAUAAGCGAUUCAGAUUAAAAAUUGAUGCUUUAUCAAGAGAGGCUACCGACUAUUUGGUCUCAAAGAUUCGACCCAGAGCGGCUUUCGGCGGCCACACGCACCAUGGCUGUUUAGUUCGUCAUUCAAUUAAAACAGUGGAAUUCUUAGAAUAUUCUGUGCCUUCAUUCUCAUGGCGAAAUCGACCUGAUCCAAAGUUUAUGCUGGUGUCAAUAUCCCCUGAUGAUUAUGCAGUGAGUAAGUGUGGUCUCCCCAAGGAAUCAACAAUAUGUCUAACUGCAUUAAUUUUGUCCUUCACCGUAAUAGUUUGUGUUUGGCGAAUGAAAACAAUUGGCAGAUAAUGGUGUGGGAUAACAUAUAUAAACAAUGUUGAUUUGAAAUGUAAUUUAUUUUCGACAAUAAAUACUAUAUUGACAA